UGUAUGGUCCUGAAAAGAAACCAUGGUUUGAUAAGAUGGCUAAUUUCUUUGAAUCGCAACAGUUCUCAAGAAAUAUCACAAAAGUGCUCAACCUGUUGAUCGUUUCUUUUAUUAUUCUUUGGUAUGAUAUUAUUUGGUGGACAGCGUUAGGAAUAGUUAGUAUAAGAUAUCAUACCUUUGGUCUUAUUAUGAUGAUGUUUUUGACUGUCGUUCCAAUUUGUCUUCUCAGUUACUUUGCUGUUGUUGAUGAAAUUAAUAAUCGCCUUAGUCAAAUAUUGAGUCUACUUAGCUUUGCGUUUUUGCUUAUUUUUCAAAGUCUUUGGUUCAGUAUCUGUUUUCCUAUUUCGUCAUAUAUCACAAAAUCGAUAAUUGGAUUAACUCUACUUUCGGUUGGCAGGAUUAUAUAUUAUAUGACAUAUAAAGAUUCCGGGGAUCAUGGUUUCUUCAACGGUUUCAAAAAAGGUAUCUCAAAAAGGGGAGAAAAUCAUGAAACUAAUUUGAAGGUCGAGGAUCAGAAUGUUCAAAACGCUCAUGGUCGUGGUCGCUUCGACGGUUUCAAAAAGAGAAUCACGAAAAAGUUCGAAAAAAACCAUGAUGAGAAUGUUGAAAAUGUUGAUGAUAUUGAAGAUGGUCAGAGUGUUCCGGAUGGUCGAAAUGUUCAAAAUGAUCGGAAUGUUCACGGUUUCUUCAACGGUGUUAAAAAAGGUAUCUCAAAAAAGUUCGAAAAAAAAAAACGUGAAACUAUUGAUAAUGUUGAUGUUGAAGUUGUUCAGGAUGAUCAGAAUGUUCAGAAUCAGAAUCAGCACGUUCACGUUCAGGGACCUCAGAAUGUUCAGCAGUAUGGUCAAUUUGGUCAGAAUCAGUACGUUCACGUUCAGGAACCUCAGAAUAUUCCGUAUGGUCAAAAUGUUCAGAAUCAGGACGUCAAUGUUCAGGGACCUCAGAAUGUUCAGCAGUAUGGUCAAUAUAGUCAGAAUCAGUACGUUCACGUUCAGGACCCUCGGAAUAUUCCGUAUGUACGAGAUGAUUAUGAAACGAUUAAAAUUCUCUCAUUUAAUAAUGAAAUGGGAUAA